UAUCUGCACACCGUCCAAUGCCGCCUGAGAGUGUAGGCCCCACCCACCUCUUGCAUCACCGUUCGUGACUAUGGAUGAGCUCGCCUAGCCGGACUAUCGGAGUGUGAUUUGAGAGAGACGACAAUAAAUCUGACUUCUUCUUCUUUUGUUUCGCAUUGAUGCAAGGGUUUCUAGUUUCUUUGAUACAUCGGAAAGAAAGGAUUUCUAGUUUCUAGCUUCUGUUAUAAUUGUGGGUUUAGUUAUUCUCUUUGCCAAUCAUAUCGAAACCGAAUCCGGCACUGGAUUCUUCAUGGCCUUCUGAAACCUGGUUGCUUUCACUUCGUUGAGUCAACACAUCGAGCUCCUUGAGGUCGUCUUUCGAUCUAUGUGAUGGACUGUGCUGCUAUUCGGUCAACGCUUCCCCUGUUCUCUCGCCGUCCGAGGAAAUCCGCUUGUUCAGUUGCUUCAGGUGUUUCUUUGGUCCUGUUUCCGGGGGUUCUGAAUGAGGAUAUCAGGAGGCUGUCUCUCGCCCAUGGCUACAGUAGGCAUCAAAUAGAGAGCACCUUGAGGGUAAGGGCGGCCCAGAAAAACUACGGAGAGGAUGCUGACAGUGAAGAACCAGAGGAUGCUUUGGAGAGUGCUGUUGAAAAAAGCAAGAAGGUUUUAAACUUGCAAAAAGACCUACUUCAACAGAUUGCCAAAAGAAAGAAAUUGGUAUCUUCAAUAAAAAGUAGCUUGCUUGACCCAGAAAAUAGGGUAGAAGAUUGGGAGGGCAGUUCUGUAAAUGCAGAUAUUGCUGCAGACACAGACGAAGACUAUAGUGGAGUAUUAUCUACAUUGAAUGCUAAAUCAGCUCUUGACUUGGAAGAAUAUCCACAAUCACCUGUAAGCAAACAUUCUUUUGGAAAUGCUCAAGCUGGUAAAAAGGACCCACUUCUUAAAACGGCUACCAUAAACAAAGACUCAGAUAAAACAAAAAAAGGGGGAAAUCCGAAGAACGUCAAACCUACUGAAAAGCCAGCUUCAGUACCAAAAUUGUCUUCGGGUCCGAGCCAACUGACUGCACUUGAUUUGGAUUCACAAAACAGUUUAAAAUCCUUUUCUGGACAGGGAACUUUGUCUGAUGUUCCAUCAUCCUCAAAGUCCUCUGCAUCUUCUAUUGAGAAUGAGAAAAGAGAGCAUAGUGCUUCUAGUUCAAAGGAUGAUGAAACUGGAGAUCCUAUAAGUGUGGACUUCAAGCCACCCCCACUGGCAGGGGCCAAUGUGAUGAAUGUGAUAUUAGUUUCCGCAGAGUGUGCUCCCUGGUCUAAAACAGGCGGGCUUGGAGAUGUUGCUGGAGCAUUGCCCAAGGCUUUGGCUCGGCGUGGACACAGAGUCAUGGUUGUGGUACCUUUAUAUGGAAACUAUGCCGAACCUCAACAUGCAGGAGUUCGAAAAGUGUACAAGGUUGAUGGCCAGGAUAUGGAAGUGAAUUAUUUUCAUGCAUACAUUGAUGGCGUGGAUUUUGUGUUCAUAGAUAGUCCAGUAUUAAGGCAUGUGGAAAACAACAUAUAUGGAGGAAAACGUGAGGACAUUCUAAAGCGCAUGGUCUUAUUUUGCAAAGCAGCUGUUGAGGUUCCGUGGCAUGUUCCUUGUGGUGGUGUUUGCUACGGAGAUGGAAACUUAGUGUUUAUUGCAAAUGACUGGCAUACUGCAUUACUGCCAGUGUACCUGAAGGCAUAUUACCGCGACAACGGACUAAUGACAUUCACUCGGUCUGUUCUUGUAAUUCAUAACAUAGCUCACCAGGGUCGUGGGCCUAUGACUGAUUUUUCGUAUGUGGGCUUACCAAAUGGGUACACAGAACUUUUCCGGCUCUAUGAUCCCAUGGGAGGUGAACAUUUCAACAUAUUUGCGGCAGGUCUGAAGACAGCUGACCGGGUGGUGACAGUGAGCCAUGGAUAUGCCUGGGAGCUCAAAACUUCAGAAGGUGGAUGGGGUUUGAAUGGGUUAAUAAGUGAAAAUGAUUGGAAACUGCAAGGGAUAGUCAAUGGCAUAGAUACUAAAGAGUGGAAUCCCCAAUUGGAUGCCCACUUGAAAUCAGAUGGCUAUGUCAACUACUCCAUAAACACACUACAGAUUGGCAAAGCCCAAUGCAAGGCCGCAUUGCAGAAGGAACUAAAUUUGCCCAUAAGAAACGAUGUUCCCUUGAUAGGUUUUGUCGGGAGGCUUGACCACCAAAAAGGAGUCGAUCUGAUAGCUGAGGCGAUCCCUUGGAUGAUGGGCCAAGAUGUGCAGUUGGUCAUGCUGGGAACAGGCAGGCCCGACCUAGAAGAUAUGCUCAGGCAGUUUGAGGGUCAAUACGGCGGAGACAAGGUCAGAGGUUGGGUCGGUUUCUCAGUCAAGACUGCACACCGGAUAACUGCUGGUGCUGACAUUCUGUUGAUGCCAUCAAGGUUCGAGCCGUGUGGACUUAACCAGCUCUAUGCAAUGAGCUAUGGGACGAUCCCCGUAGUCCAUGCCGUGGGUGGACUUAGAGACACAGUGCAGCCUUUUGAUCCAUUCAAUGAUUCAGGGUAUGGAUGGACAUUCCAAAGGGCCGAAGCUAGUCAGCUGAUUGAUGCUCUUGGGAACUGCUUGUUGACAUACCGUCAGUAUAAGCAGAGCUGGGAGGGGCUGCAGAAGCGUGGUAUGAUGCAAGACUUGAGCUGGGAUCGUGCUGCUGUUAAGUACGAGGAAGUUCUUGUUGCUGCCAAAUAUCACUGGUGAUAUAAGAUUUGCUAUCGCUGUCCAGUUUUAUUCGUUGAUGAAAUAAGAGUAUUCGUGCAAUUGUGCUGGUGCGUGGCACGGCUUUGCUCUCCGUUGUCAUUUUUCGAUUUCCAAAAUCCGAAAUCACGCAUUCCAGGAGCACUUCCAUUGUGUAUCUUGCAGUGAAACCAGCCCAUCUCUAGCCUUUUACUGCUUUGUAUUUUUCCCCGAGAUCUCACCAAGAAACCCUGCAACAUGUUUUGUUUACAUAGGCUUCUUUAGAUGUCUGAACCCAUCUCUGUUGUAGUAUAUAUAUUUAAUAAUGCAGUCCAAACCCGAAGUACGGAAGUAGGUUUUUAUCCUUACCGGAAUCAUUUUUUGUAUUCUGUCUCCAUAUUUACAGCUUCCAAUAAUUCUGAUAGCUGUUUUGCCGGCAAUUGUGUUUUUCUUCGAAUUCUUCUGCCGGAAUCUAGAAAUAGGCUCAAAUAGCAUGAUUAUAUAUAUCAAUUUUGGAAUUGACAAUUAGCUCAGUUUAAGAAUAUCUGAAAUAUGUCUUGC